AUGGCUACAAUUGUUGCACCACGUAAAGACGAGCGCUAUGCGACCAUUGCCGACGCUAUUUCUGUCAUUGAGGCUUUUGCAGAAAAGACACAACAGCGUCAUGUAUGUAUGAAGCAGUCAAAGACAAGUAGUAAAAAAACACCGACGUUUAGCUUGUCAUCCAAUGAUGAAGCUUUGUCUCUUGCUACCAACACGUCCUCUACAUUUCCCAAUACCGCUGUCAUUGAAUGUGAGAAUACACCUGCUUGUAAGUGGUUUGUCCGUCUAUUGUUUGUCAAGGGCGAGAAGAAGUGGAAGAUCUCAAGUAUGAAUAUGGAACACCACAAGAUUCAUUGUCUUGAGAGUAAACAUGCUGUUGCAUCGAGUACUGAUGCUGUCAUGGGUUUUGCAUCGGUAAUGACGACGGACCCCCAGUUGCUGGAAAAUGCUAGUAACACAGUGACGACGCUGGAUACUGCUAGUGUAGGGGAAGCUGCAGCUUCCAUGGGUGCGUCAGUGUAUGCGGGUAUGGUGUUUGUAAACUGGAAGGAAGCAAUUGGAGCUAUUCGUACUCUAGCAGAUCAGAUGGGGCGUCGAGCAAUGGCGGAGAAGGCAGUUCUGAUACCGUGGAGGGGAAAGAGUGUAAUGGCACGUCGAGUGCUGUGUCAGAAUCACCGCAAUUCUAAUUGUGGAUGGAUGGUCAUGCUUGACGAGUCUUCGGAUGGAUCGGGUCGAUAUACUGUGCUCUCAAUGAGUUUGCUGCACUCUAAGGAAUGUUUGGAAACGUGCAAUUUUAGUGCACGCAAGAAAAAGAUACCUGCUCUGACACUGGCAAAUGCAAAAGGUGGCAUUUUAAUGGACUUGUCGGGAAUACCGGCUGAAAGCACACCGUUAAGCUCGUCGUUACUGGUUGGCGAUAUCUCUAAAUACCAAUUGACGCAUGAAAUGCGUUGGUGCACUGGAAAGGAAGCUACGAAAGCAAUUAGUGAUUUUACUUUAGUCGUGCAGCGUAAGCGUUCGAAGCUGUGCAAGCGCAACAAUGGCGGCAGCAACAAAAAGUAUGUAUGCUCGGACGAACAAUGUCUUUGGUUUGUGCAGCUUGUCAAAGGAUGGAAGUCAAAAAGUUGGAAGAUAUCUGCUAUGAAUCUGAAACACUCGGAUACGUGCACUGGUGUGCCGAAGCCUACUGCACGGCAGCUAGCCGAGAUGCGUUUCUUCCGCCAGGCUGUGAUCACACACUCCAAGUCGUCCGGGAAGCUGCUGACCGACAGCUUUUUGAUGCACUCUGAAUCGGGCAUCCAUAUUCCUCGUGGCAUGGCGUACCGCGCGCAGCGACUGGUGGUUGCUACAUCUACAGAUGACCUCACCGAGAGCUACAAGUAUAUCCCAGGUUUGAUCGAGUCAUUUGCUAAGAAAAAUCCUGGCUCAAUUGCCAAUUUUGAAAAGGACUCACAAGGUCACUUCAUUCGGGCGUUCUUCAUGCCAAAUGCAUCGACGGCAGUACUGACAGGCCAGCAACAGAUCUCCGGCAUUCACGUACUGCAUUACGAUACAGUGAGUUAUCAGGGUUGUAUGGCACUACUCGUCACGCGUGACGGCAACUUCAGAUAUCAGGCACUUGCAUUCGCAUUGCUGCCUACAAACGAUAUGGAUCAUAUGAAGUGGUUUCUUAUGUUGACGAAGCGUGGUGGUGCUCGCUUCGACGGAAACCCUGUAUUCUGUUCACACAGUGAACACGGACUUCUUCGAGCUUUGGCUCACGAUGCACGCAAUGCAAAGAUUAUGUUUUGCGUUCGCAGCCUACUGGAGGAAAUGGCACGUGACAAGAAUAUUCCUGCACUUGGGCCGCUGGAAGAAAAGGUGUGGGAGCUGCAGCGACAGGAAAGUGAGGAGGCUUUUUUCAAUAUUCUUGGAGAUCUUGAAGCACUCAAUGCCGCUGCGGCGGCAUUUUUACGGGCUGUGCACCCCAAAAACUGGGCGUACUAUCUUAAUCGGUCGGUCAGGCUUUACCGCUGGGCGAGCACGGGCGCUGAUGAGGCGGUAGUCGGUUCUGACAUUCAGCGCAGCGAUGAGGCCCCUUUUGACCUCAUGUAUACGUUCUUGGCCUUCCUCAUGGAUGGCAGUUUUAAGAAAAGCCAAGUCGCUUCGAAGCUUCUGGCCGCAGAAGGUCACUCGUCGUCAUUCCUAACACCGGGUGCCGACACAUUAUAUCGACAGGAAGUGCAAGCUGCUGCUGGAUACACCGUGCGUAGGUGCGACGAGCAAGUUGCAUUCGUGUGGUUAAUGGGUGCACGUCCGAAAAUUACUUACAAGAUAGACCUAGCACUGCGUACCUGCACAUGCGGGCAGAUGUUUCAGCUGGGCUUGCCAUGUUGCCAUUUUAUCGCAACAUCGAUGCACUUUGGUAAAGAAGCGGUGCUGCUAAAUAGCUUUGACCCGAUUUAUAAAGCAACUACGUAUGCAGAGAUACACCGCAAUCUGCGGAUCGAGAUUCCUGUUGCCGGGGACCUCCAUAAAGACCACUCCCUGCUUCCAGCCAUCUCUACACGCAGCACAAAGUCCAAAAAACGUCCUCGCAGUGCUGGAAGCAGCAAUAAUGCCGCUUCAUCUGCUCCAAUUAAUUUGUCGUCUGUUGUCACAAGUGCCGUAUCAUCUACAAUGCCUGCCAGCUGCGAGGACGUGUCAGCACGUCUAGCAAAAACUCCACGGUUCGAGUUCGACACGGAUGUUGUCAAUAGUUUGGGCGAGAUAGUCUGA